AUGCCAUCGACCUACAGUCUAGCCAUAUCAACAGAUGCUCCCCAACUCAGCCCCGCUACGACGAGGGCAAUGCCUCGGGAGACGAUCGUGGUACGAAGGGAUGCAUACCUAUUGAUGCAAGGACCUGCAAUUGAUGUUACUUCGAUGGAUUAUGAUUCAAGCUAUGCUUUCGGAGUAAUGGGGAGCGAUCUGGUGGUGAGAGUACCAGCGUGGAUGGUGGCUCGGUUUAUUUGUCUUGGAGUCGAUAACACCGGUGUCUUUUCGACCGCUGUGAGAGGCUAUGACUAUUACAUUGAGAAUGGUCUGUGA